UCCUCAGGACCAGAGGACUUGACGCAUGUUCCCUAUUCCAUCCUCUACAUUCAUCCUCACAUCGCGACUUAAGUCUGUUACACUUUCUUAUGCUGAAAUAUAAAACCGAUCUCAUCAUUGACUUGCUAUCAUCUAUAACAAUUUUUCUAUAAUAUUAUACAGCUCACUAUCAUAUUUUAAUAUUAAUCUUUUCACUGCAAACAGCCAUUAGCAUCUUAUAAAUGAAAGCUAAGAGAAAAUACUAUCUAAUUUGGAGAGAAGCUAGAUUCUUUCUAGCAGACAAUCCGUUUACUCUAGUAAUGAAUCCCAUAGGCAAUUAUUUCAUUUUAUUAAAAAUCGGAAACUUAUAUCGGAAUGAUUGUCUUUGUCUCCGCCAGAAAAUCUUCCGAGCCAAGUGCCGCCCCUCACACCCGGAACGAAUCAAAAGAUGGCUCAGGCGAUUUCUGCGAGUUUCAGCAGUUGGGAAAAGGAGAGGGAGCAGUACCACAUUUCCGAAGAUCCUCGAACAUGGAGCGAAGAGGACGUGAUCCGGUGGUUGUAUUGGGCUAUCCGAGAGUUCAGCUUGGAAGGUAUCAACACAGAACUCUUCAGGAUGAAGGGGAAGGACAUGUGCUCGCUGGACAAGGAAGUCUUCCUGUCCAUGUCGCCUCAUUUCGUCGGGGAAAUCUUAUGGGAACAUCUAGAUAGACUCCUGAGAGAUAUUGAGAAUGGCCGUACUGAUGCAAAUCUGGAGCUCCUGUCCACCAAUUCUUAUGAAGGAAUCCCUGAGAUAGACGAGUUCUUCCCGCAGGAUUACUGUUAUGCGCCCUUAAGAGAUCAAAAGGUGACGCCAGUUUUGAACGGUGCCAAUGCCGCAACCCCUAUUCCAGGAAGUCAGCCCCCUUACAUAGACGCAGGAUACGGUGAGAUCGCUGAAACUAUGCAUACCCUUCACGAAAUCCCCCAGGACGACAUGGGUGUUUCAACCACACAGCUGGACGACAGCUCCGAAUACGUCCUAGAGUCCAUGCCCAACCACCCCACCUACUUGGAGGGAAGCCCAGAGUUUUAUUCACCCACUGGUGGUGUAGUUAUGACGCAAGAAACAAAGUAUCAACCCUCCUACAUCAACAGGCAUUAUAGAGGUAGGUACCCGCAUCACGAAAUGGGGUAUUCCGAGAGUUACAACCACUACGAACCUCCUUUCCAGACGGUUCCAGGGUCGAUGCAGACAGCCGGUGGUCAUUGGCCAGCCGACAUGAACCACCAGCACUACGGCAAUCUCAAUAGGGAGAGUCACGUGUCCCUCAACAACAACCUACAGAACAUGAUGGGGAUGCACAGUCCUGUCUCCAUUCCAGGCCAAGACAGUAAACCUGUCAUACAGGCCGCUGUCCUGGCAGGAUAUUCAGGAAGUGGACCUAUCCAACUGUGGCAGUUCUUGCUGGAAUUACUGACGGAUAAAUCGUGCCAAAACUUCAUCAGCUGGACAGGGGACGGCUGGGAAUUCAAGCUCACCGAUCCGGACGAAGUGGCCCGCCGGUGGGGCAUCCGGAAAAACAAACCAAAGAUGAACUACGAGAAGCUGAGUAGGGGACUGAGAUACUACUAUGACAAGAACAUCAUCCACAAGACAGCCGGAAAGCGGUACGUGUACAGAUUCGUGUGCGAUUUGCAGAACUUGUUGGGGUACACCCCAGAAGAACUGCACGCAAUGGUCGACCUGAAGCCAGACAUCAAAGCCGAAGAAUGAUCCAACAAAUAGGUUUCUGGUCAGAAAAAUAGAAACUAUUAUUUAUUGGGCAUCCCGUUGUUUAGUUUUCAUGAACUUGUUUUGUGAACUAAUGGCAAUGGUCGAAUAGACAGGACUAUGAUUUCACCAAUUAUCGAGUCAUUAAUUUUGUUGGUCAAAGUAUUAUGUUAAACACUCUUGAAAUGAUUUUUACAGAAACUGAUGCUAGUCAGAAAAGUUUCUUUUGUCACAAACAUAAAAGAACUCUAAUGGUUCGUUGUGUUGUUGUCUAAGACAUAUUCCAUCACAGUUCUUGCCUAUAUUUUGGAUUGCGUCUGUAAAUAAGACAGUAUUGUUUUAUGCCAAUGUGUUGUUACCAAAUCUUGAUAAGGAAGUAUUACAGAGCACAGGAAAUGGAUAAUUGUGAAACAAAUAUCUCUUCAUAGAUUGAUAUUAAUUUUUAAGGAGUACUAGUCUAUGUUUGGACGAACUGUUACAUCUGUUAAUAUUUACACAACAAAAAGAAAUUUUUAUAUUCUGCUACGUUUCAGAUGCAAGUGCCUUCCUUCUAUUAAAUGUUGAAUUUCCAUUGUUAAAAUUUUUACAUCAUCUUUAAAUUCUUGUUUAAAGAUAAUGAAAAUAUGAUUAGUAUAUUAAAGAAAAACUUGUUAAAGAGUUUCAGAAUUUAUAGCAAAUACCAUUUAUUUACUCGAAACUGUCGAAUAUUUUUUGAAUAAAAUGCCUUUAAAGGCAUUUCUUGUUGGAAUAAAGUGCCUUUAAAAGUAAUUAGUGUUUGAUUAAACGCCAUGCAAUUCUUGUUAAAUAAAGUGCCUUUAAAUAUAAUUAAUUAUCUGCUAAAAAUUAUUUUUAUAAGAUUUUAUAAUUUUUUAAUUAGAAAGGUAAAAAUGAAUUUAAUAGAAGUAAUUUUUACAUGGUUU